CUUCCGGUAUCUCUUCUCUCUUGUCUCCUCCACUUGCUGCCUCGGACCCUGCAGCUUGUUUUGGCUCCUUGACUCCUCAGGAAGGAUGAAAGAGACAGAUCCUGCAAAGCUAGCGAGGAUGGAAGGGGGAAGAUGGACGGUUGACCUGGUCAGGUUGUCUCCUGCAUCCCUCCCCACAACCUCUGAGCAUUCCCUCCCAGGGACUUCUGAGAGAUCUGAUGGUGAUGAAUUGGAAGGGAAGAACAAGGGGGACCACAAGAGAGUCCACAUGGCAGAGAAGUCAGAGUGUGGAGAGAACAUCCGUCAGAGCUCCCAGUCCACCUCCCAUCAAAGAAAAUCCUUCGUUCAGAGGGAUAGCCUCACUUCACAUGAAAGAGCACAGAGUAGGGAGAAAUUGUAUCAGUGCAGAGAAUGUGGGAAGACCUUCAGUCAGAAGGAUAAACUCACUUUGCAUCAAAGAAUUCAUACAGGGGAGAAACCCUAUCAGUGCUUGGAAUGUGGAAAGAGCUUCAUUCGGAAGGAUAGUCUCACUUCCCAUCAAAGAAUUCAUACAGGGGAGAAACCCUAUCAGUGUCAAGAAUGUGGAAAGAGCUUUCGUCUGAGUGCUAGUCUCACUUCCCAUCAGAGAAUUCAUACAGGGGAGAAAACCUAUCAGUGCCAAGAAUGUGGAAAGAGUUUCAGUCAGAGGCAUAGUCUCACUUCCCAUCACAGAAUUCAUACAGGGGAGAAACCCUAUCAGUGCUUCCAAUGUGGAAAGAGCUUCCGGGAGGGGACCAAACUCACUUACCAUCAAAGAAUUCAUACAGGGGAGAAACCCUAUAAGUGCUUGGAAUGUGGGAAGAGCUUCCGGGAGGGGACUAAGCUCACUUCCCAUCAAAGAAUUCAUACAGGUGAGAAACCCUAUCAGUGCUUGGAAUGUGGAAAGAGCUUCAGUCACCGGCAGAGUCUAACUACCCAUCAAAUAGUUCAUACAGGGGAGAAACCCUAUCAGUGCUUGGAAUGUGGGAAGAGAUUCAGUCAGAGAGCCAAUCUCGCCUCCCAUCAAAUAAUUCAUACAGGGGAGAAACCCUAUCAGUGCUUCAAAUGUGGAAAGAGCUUUCGUCUGAGUGCUAAUCUCACUUCCCAUCAGAGAAUUCAUACAGGGGGGAAACCCUAUCAGUGUUUGGAAUGUGGAAAGAGCUUCAGUUACAGGCAGAGUCUCACUUCUCAUCAAAGAAUUCAUACAGGGGAGAAACCCUAUCAAUGCUUGGAAUGUGGAAAGAGCUUCCGGGAGGGGACCAAGCUCACUUCCCAUCAAAGAAUUCAUACAGGGGAGAAACCCUACCAGUGCUUGGAAUGUGGAAAGAGCUUCAAUCGGAAUGAUAGUCUCACUUCCCAUCAAAAAGUUCAUACAGGGGAGAAACCAUAUCAGUGCUUCGAAUGUGGAAAGAGCUUCAGAUAUAGCUCCAAUCUCACUUCCCAUCAAAGAAUUCAUACAGGGGAAAAACCCUAUCAGUGCUUGGAAUGUGGAAAGAGCUUUCGUCAUAGAGAUGCUCUCACUUUCCAUCAAAGAGUCCAUAUAGGGGAGAAACCAUAUCAGUGCUUCGAAUGUGGGAAGAGGUUCCAGGAGGGGACCCAACUUACUUCCCAUCAAAGAAUUCAUACAGGGGAGAAACCCUAUCAGUGCUUGGAAUGUGAAAAGAGCUUCAGUCACAGGCAGAGUCUCACUUCCCAUCAAAUAAUUCAUACAGGGGAGAAACCCUAUCAGUGCUUGGAAUGUGGAAAGAGCUUCAAUCGGAAGAGUAGUCUCACUUCCCAUCAAAGAAUUCAUACAGGGGAGAAACCCUAUCAGUGCCAAGAAUGUGGAAAGAGCUUCAGUCAAAUUGCCCAUCUCAGGAACCAUAAAAUAAUUCAUUUAGGGCAGAAACCCUAUCAGUGCAGAGAAUGUGGAAAGUGUUUCAGUCAGAAGGGCAAUCUCACUUCCCAUCACAGAAUUCAUACAGGCAAGAAACCCUAUUAGUGUUUUGAAUGUGGGAAGAGCUUCAGUCAAAGUGUCCAUCUCACUUCUCAUCUAAGAAUUCAUACAGGGGAGAAACCCUAUCAGUGCUUGGAAUGUGGAAAGAGCUUCAGUCACAGGUCAAAUCUCACUUCCCAUCAAAUAAUUCAUACUAGAGAGAAAACAUCUCAGUGUCUGGAAAUUGGUUUACCAAAUAAUCCAAGUUCUUUGUAAAAAACAAAACCCAAUGAAGGAGAUCCCACCCACUUAUGAGGGAGUUCCUUUUCACUGUCUGCUCUUACUAUCAGAAAGUUCUUCCUGAUCGUUAGGAGGAAUCUCCUUUCUUGUUACUUGAAUCCACUGGAGCAGAAAGAAACAAGCUUGCUCCAUCUUCCAUGGGAAAUCACUACUGAUUGAGGAACAAAGAAUGAUUAUUCUAAUGGAAAUCCCCAUAAGACUAUUAAAGAAAGAGCCUAACUAUAGAUUAUUGACGGAAACAUUAAAAAAGAAAACUGUCGCAUUUUGUUGGGAAUAUCCAGAAGGGAUCUUAUUUAUUUAUCAAUGAACAAAACUAAGAAGUGUGGAACCAAUGAAGGCAAGUUCUUUUGUGAGAAAAUAUAUAAAAAGACUUAGGAGAAUUAGAGGAAACACAACGAACAGAAGUAGAAGAAAAGGAGGCAGGAGAGGGAGAGGGGUAAGGGGACAAAAGAAUUAGUCAUUGGGAUGGAUCUGAAAGUGCUCUUGUGGAACAUAAAUGGAUUUAGGAAUAAAACCAAAAGAAACCAAAUAGCACACAUCUUGCUUAAACCAAAGUUGGAGAUUAUACUGUAUUGUAGAGCUUUUUAACUCUCAAAUUCAGGUCAAGUUCAAAAAUAAUUCCAAGUUCAGGUCAAGCUGAAAUUAAUUUUAAGUCAAGUUCAAAGUUUUAAAGAGCUGUUUACACCAGAUUGGUCUUUAAAGAGCUUUGUAUAAUCCACAACCCUUGUCGCCCAUUAGCUGCCUUUAACUCCAAAGGGAAAAUAAUCCACAAAUUUUCCACUUGUAAAGGCUCUCAUGCAUAAACUACCGCAGACGGGAGUAGACUUCCUUUAAAUCUUCCUGUUUUUACCAAAUUUUAAAUGAUUAUAAAUACUUCUCACCUUAAUGCUCAGCUUGAAGUUUUUGGAUAAGUAGACUGCUUCAAAGGCUGAUCAGAAGCCUUGCUCCGUGGAGGCGCAAUGUUGCCUAACCCGCCAGCUUUUUCGGCUCCCCCUCCCUGUGUUUCGACACGGAGGCAAAGAAGAGAGCCCACCGAAGUGCCGUUGUGGGUCGCAGGACCUCUUGACACCUCGGACUCCCUUCUGAGACUUUCUUGAGGGUACACAUCACUCUCACACUUCCCCCUGCUCCUCCACAGAGCCGAAUCUGAACACGCUCAAAUGGAGCUGUCAGACUCUCCGCCCACCUGCCAUUUCGCGGCUACCCGGAAGUCGAUGUGCUGGGACCUCUGACAGGAGAGGAAAGGCAGUUGCCCCCACAAUACAAGGCCUACCAGGACGUUUCUGUGAGGAGGCCGACCAGCUUGGCCCCCUCCCCAACCUUAUGACUGCAAAAUAGACCUAUUACCAGGGGCUCAGAUGCUCACCAGUCAUCUAUACUCCACGUCAGAGGCAGAGCUGGCUGCUCUGAAGGCGUUUCUGGAGAAGAAUGUAGCAUGAGGCUUCAUUAGACCACCCAAGGCUCUGGGAAGAUCCCCUGUUCUAUUUGUGAAGAAGGGAAUUUCUGAACUUCGACUUUGUGUUGAUUACAGACACGUGAACAGGAUUAUGUUGCCAAUCUGCUACCCCUUGCCCCACAUCGGGGAUUUGCUCGAGUGGGUACAGUCUGCAAAGAUUUUCACAAAGCUGGACCUAAAGGGGGAUUAUAACUUGAUACAUGUGAGGGAGGGAGAUGAGUGGAAGACAAUGUUCUGCACCAGGUAUGGCAGCUUCGAAUACUUGGACAUGCCUUUGGGUUGCAGUUGGGGACAGCGAUGUUCCAGGCAUUCAUCAACCACGUGUUAGACCUUCUUAUCUACUCUGAGAGCCCAGAACAGCAUGUGCAGCCUGUGGCGGAGGUGCUACAGAGGCUGAGAGAGCACUGACUUUACGCAAAGUUGAAGAAGUGUAAAUUUCACAUCACAGAAGUAGAGUUUCUGGGUUAUUGUAUAAUGCCGGGAGGAGUGCACAGCACAUGGAUCCGGCCAGAGUGUAGGCGGUGGUGUCAUAGAAGGAGCCCCAAAACAAGAAGGAUCUGCAAAGGUUUCUGGGGUCCGUGAACUGCUAUUGCAAGUUCAUGGCCGGGUACUCCAGGCUCACGGUGCCCCUCCCUGACUGCUUGAGGGAAAAGAAACCUUAUCUGUGGACAGCAGAGGCUCCGCAAGCGUUUGAGCGACUCAAGGCCAUGUUCGCCGCAGAGGAGCACCUAGGCCACGCCAACCCCCAUAAACUGAUGGUGGUGGAGAACGAGGCCUCUGAUAGGGCACUGGGAGCUGUGCUGCUUCAAGAAGACCAGGUUGGCAAUCUGCGUUCAUGCUCCUUCCUUUCCAGGAAGUUACCUUUUUCUGAGCAAAACUUCAUCAUGUUGUGGGAGAAAGAGCUGUUAGCUAUUGGAGAUGCAUUUGAGGUGGGGGGGGGCAUUUCCUGGAGGGUGCACAGCAUCAGGCACACCAAAACCUAGAGUUUUGGCAAACAGUGAGGCACCUCAACCAAAGGCAAAUCCGGUGGGCGCAGUUCUUUGCCAAGUUUGACUUCAGAGUGCAAUAUGUAGCUGGCAGUCAGAACCAGGGAGCAGGUGCCCUUUCCAGGAAGCUGGAGUAUCAGGGAGGAGAGCCGGUUCCCGUGUCUUUCCAUAUCCUGAAGCCAGAGCAGCUGCAGUUAGCGGCCGUCACGGCGGUGGAGGUGACUGAGUUCCGAUGGGAGACGGCUGAAGAUGAGUUCGCUAAAGCCAAGCUAGAGGCACUGCUUAGGGAUGCAGGCAGUGCCAAAGGGUUCGAGUAGAAAGAUGGCUUGAUGUAUAAGGGAGAGGCACUCUAUGUCCCAGAGGGGGAACUGCAAGCCAAGGUCCUAGGGCAGUGCCGUGAUAACCCUACAGCUGGACAUUUUGGACAGUCUAAAACCCGCUACCAAGUGAUGAGUUCACCUCACGAUUUUGGAAGACUUAUGCAAUUGCUCAAGGUAGAGGUGUAUCUCACUUUGGCAAGGCACCCAUAGAUGAAUGGGGAAUCAGAGAGGACUAACGCCAUGUUGCAACAGUACCUUUGGUGCUAUGUGAACUAUCAGCAAGAUGACUGGGUGUCCCAACUGCCUUUGGCGGAGUUAGCAUACAACAAUGCCCUGUAUGAGUCGACUCACCAAACUCCCUUCUUCGCCAAUCAUGGGCGUCAUCCACACACCUUUCCUUCACCAGAGGACAGACUGUCGGUGCUGCAUAGUUUAAGGGAGCUUGUUUAAGUUGGAGAGUUUAAGUUGGACUUGACUAAGGAAGUGUACAAGAGAGGGGCAACAGGGUGCAGAGAUAAGGUUGGGAGACAAGGUGUGGCUAUCCACAAAAGACCUGCCCCAGAAGGGUAGAUGCCGGAAGUUGGAUCCUCGGCAGGUGGGGCCCUUUGAAGUGAUAGGAACAGAUCAAUCCUGUAACGUUCAGACUCAGGUGGCCAACUUCCAUGAUGUCCACAGGGCAUUGGUAUCCCCAGUGGUUCCUCCUCACCCUUACCAAGCCCCUAGGGAAGCACCCCCUCCCCCAGUGAUAGUGGAGGGAGGAGUUUGAAGUGGCGCAGAUUUUGGACUCCCGUUGGAACAGAAGGAGGCUACAGGAUCUGAUAGAGUGGGAGGGGUAUGGCCAUUCCAAGAGAUCCUGGGAGUUCACUACAGAUGUUCAUGCUCCUGAGUUGCAAAGGGAGUUUCACUGCAACUCCCUGACAGGCCUAGACCCAGUGGGUGGAGGUAGGAAAACGAGGAGGAGAGCCUUGGGGGGGGGGGAGUGGUGUUAGGAACCUGGCUCCCCAGGACACAGUAAGCAAGUGAGCUUGCAGAUGAGGCAGAAGGCUCAACUUUCCUAGCUAACACCCGGCAGCUGCAACCCCCCUCCCUCUCUAGACCUGGCACUCCGGUAUCAGGGGGAGGGGGAAGACAGGCCAGACGAGGGCAGUCUGCCAAUGGGUUGGAUAACUGGAAGCAUUAUCUAAAAGAAGAGCCACUUAACACUUAACCUGAGGCAUCGCUGUUGGGCACACUUCCAGGAAGAACUGUCAGGGAGGAUUCGGAGGAGCAAUGGACAGAGGAGGCGGCAGAACAGGGGCUCAGGGAUGCUGAAGAGCCUUGCAACCGCCCAGAGACAGAGGAAGUGGAGGCGAGGGUGGAGGAAGGGCUCAGGAAUGCUGAAUGCUGAAGAGCCCUUCAACUGCCCAGAGGCUCAGGAAGGAAGCUCAGACUCAGGAAGGGAGGGGGCUUUCAAAUCAGCACAAACAAGAAGGGAAAUGAAACAUAAGGAUCAAAUACAUCUCAUGUGAUUCCCACGUCUACUUUGUUGGCACAGGAAUCGUAGGAAGCCACUCCCCGAAUCUGACUCAACGGGUUCCGACAUGUCAUUCUGAACUGUAGCUGAUUCUUGUAUAUAUGUAAUAAAGACUGUAGGUACCAAUCCUGAUGGUGCUGGAGUGUUAAUGCGAAGGGGAAACAUCACCUUUACAACAACUAAGUCAGUAUCAGACUCAUCAGAUGGCUUGAGAGAUGUUUUGGUGCUUUUGUAAUCAGCUGUGUCUGUAUCACUACUAGAAUCUGCAGCAGCAUCACCAUUGCAAUCAGAAUCACCUUCACCUUCACCAUCAGAUUAAUUACCUGCAUCAUCAGAAAUGGGGUGAGACUGAAAAAUCGCCACAUUGUCCCAUUUCGCAUUGCAUUUAAUGCUCCCAGUCAACCUUAUUAUUUUGAUAUCGGACAUUAAAACAUAAUAAGCACCUUUCUCAUAACCAAUAAAUAUUCCAUGCAAACCAUGUUUGCUCAGCUUGUUGUCCUGAGGUGUAUGAACCCAGACAUCUAAACCAAAUAUUCUGAGGUGAUUGAUGAAAGGCUUUUUCUGGAAUAGCGUUUCAUAAGGAGUACAGCCUAUGGCUGAUGGAACCUGCGAUUGUAGCAAUAAAUAAAACAGUUUAAAGCUUCUCCCCAAAAAAGGGUCUGGCAAGUUGGCAUCAUGUAGCAAAGUUUUCAUACCUUGUUGCAGGGUCUGAUUUACCCUCUCACAGAGACCAUUUUGCCAUGGGGACCUGGGACAUGCAUUUUGAUUUCAGCCAGAAAUCGUUCAAAUUCAGUUGAACAAAAUUCUCCCCCUCUAUCUGUGAAUAAACAUUUCACCUGUGUAUCAUGCACAUUUUUCAGCCAUGCGUAGACAUCCUUAAACCUGGAAAAUGCAUCACUGUGGGUUAAACCACAGAGUCUAGAGCUUGCUGAUCAGAAGGUCGGCGGUUCGAAUCCCUGCAACAGGGUGAGCUCCCAUUGCUCGGUCCCAGCUCCUGCCCACCUAGCAGUUCGAAAGCACAUCAAAGUACAAGUAGAUAAAUAGGGACCGCUCUGGCUGGAAGGUAAACGGCGUUUCCGUGCGCUCCUCUGGUACGCC